UGACCGUUUCUUCCCCGGUUAGUGUGUGAGGGAGGCGGGCCGGGUCGGGGCGGAGAGAUACCAGGGAACCGGAGGCGGAGCUUUAACGGAACAGCUGUCAUCACCGAUGAUUCACGGAGGAGUGAGUUAACGGUAACGGCGGCGCCCGAGCUGCAGCAGUGCCCGAGCAGAGCGCACCAUGAUGGGGGAGCACACGGUCUCACUGUGGCUGACAUGCGUUUGUCUCGUGCAGACCUCUGGGAUGUUGUCUCAUGUUGAAAGAUAUGAGGUGGUCAGACCGCAGAGACUUCAUAUGAGAGAGAAGAGGAGUCUGCAGGACAACCAGCUUUAUCCUGAUACUGUUCGGUACGAGUUGACCAUUGAAGGGAGGAAUCACACAAUCCAUCUGGAAAAAAACUGGAACCUUAUUGGGAGAGGCUACACUGAAACACGUUACACAGAAGACGGGACACGGGUGACAACGUCACCAAAUGAGGAGCACUGCUACUAUCACGGCCACAUCGAAGGCAUGACGGACUCUUCAGUCAGCGUUGGGAUUUGUUCAGGCAUCAGCGGUUUCGUGAGAGCCCGGCAGCAGCUUUAUCUGAUCGAGCCUCUGGCCCAGUCUGCGGAUGGUGACCAUGCCGUUUACAGACAGGAGAACCUAAAGACCGGCGGCAGGCCCGGCUCCAACACCACCGGACUGUACGACCAGGACAAGGAGCAGAGCCCUCAGCCCGCCGGCCUCUUCAGGUCCAGAUCGUGGAAAUCCAAACCUGCCGAGAGUCCACAGAGGUUCGUCGAGCUCUUUGUGGUGGUGGACAACGCUGAGUACAAGCGAUUUGGAAGCGAGACUAAAACCCGCAUCCUCCAAGUUAUAAAUCACGUCGACAAGCUGUACAGAUCUAUAAACAUCCGAGUCAUGCUGGUGGGUUUGGAGAUUUGGUCGUACAAAGACAAGAUUGACGUCGACAGUAAUUCGGAGAGAGCUCUGGAUAAUUUCCUCGUGUGGCGCCAGGCCGAUCUCCUGAAGAGGGCGAAACACGACAAUGCCCAGUUUGUGACUGGCAUAGAUUUUGACGGAGAUACAGUCGGACUGGCAAACAAGUUCGCCAUGUGUACCGAAAACUCCGGUGGAGUCAAUCAGGAUCACCAUGAGAACGCGAUAGGCCUCGCCUCCACCAUUGCUCACGAGAUGGGACAUAAUUUUGGCUUGUCCCACGAUGCUGCAGGUUGCGUGUGCGGUCCAUUUUACAGCAGCGGGAACUGCGUGAUGGCAGAUAAGCUCAGGACAGGAACUCAAACGUUCCCGGAGUAUUUCAGCGACUGCAGCGUGCAGCAGCUCGCUGAAUUCAUGGAGCGCGCUCAGCCCACCUGCUUGUCCAAGCCGCCGAGCUCAGUCGAGACCAUCGCUGUGAGCCCUCGCUGUGGCAACGCCCUGCUGGACCCCGACGAGGAGUGUGACUGUGGCCCUGUGGAGGAAUGUAAGAACCCCUGUUGUGACGCCUCAACUUGUCGCCUGACUGAAGGAUCCCAGUGUGCUCACGGACAAUGCUGUGAAAACUGUCAGCUCAAACUGGCUGGAAGCGUGUGCAGAAAGUCGGCCAGCAGCUGCGACCUGCCCGAAUACUGCACCGGAGCGUCGGAGGAUUGUCCUGAAGACAGCUUCGAGAUGAACGGCAAACCGUGCUUCAACCAGGCGCAGGGAUACUGCUACAACGGCCAAUGCCCCACACACGAGCAGCACUGCUGGAGGCUGUUUGGAACAGGGGCCAGAGUUGGGUUAGAAAUGUGUUUCGACCUGAACAAAAAGGGCCAAGAAGACACCAACUGCGGGAGGAGCAAAUACGGCUACACCCCCUGCACAGCAGCAAAUCUUAAGUGUGGAUCUAUGUUUUGCGGAGAAGGCGGCGAGUCCAUCACGGGUAAAAGGGCGUCCUACACCGUGUACGGCAUCGAGUGUAAACUAGCUGUGGACGAUGAUAAGACGAGGAACAUGAACAUGGUGCCACAAGGAGCCAAAUGUGGAGAAAACAAGGUUUGCCUCGACAACAGAUGUGUGGAUUUAUCAGUUUAUGGAGGGAAGGAGGAAUGUUCGAAGAAAUGCAACAACAACGGGGUGUGUAAUCACAAGAAAGAGUGCCACUGUAACCCGGGCUGGGCUCCGCCUUACUGCGACAUCCAGUAUGCAGAUCUACCUCAAGGUCAGAACGGGAUAAUAGCUGGUGUGUGUGCCGUUAUCGGCAUCCUUCUGGUGAUCACCAUGGUGAUCGCGGGGCUGAUGUGCUGUAAGAAGGACAAGGACAGCUACAUCUCUAAAAGGAAAGUGCAUUCAGCUCCAAACAAGCUGAACCCGAUCUUCCAGGAGCCGAGCGUUAAAGACAGACCUCAGAUCAGCUCGCCGACUUUCAUGGAGACGACGGCGACGCACGCCUGCGCUCCUCUCGUUACCGCGACUCCCUGCAGAGCCGCUCCUCAGCCUCCAAAGAAGUUCCCUUCAGCGUCUCCUACCUCACAACCUGAGCCGAUGAAACCUCAGCCUCCGUCCAAACCUUUACCACCUCUCAAUAAAACACAGUACCAGGCAGCCAAACCGAGCCCCCCUCCUGUACCUCCGGUCAAGCCCAGCCCUCCUCCGGCUGCCAGACCCGGGCAUUGCCCUCCUCCUCUGCCCCCAGCGAAGCCACAAGUCCACAGACUCUCGUGAGCUUCUCAUUUAAAAAGCAUCAAGUCUGACCAAAGACGUUCAGUCGCACGUAUAGAAAGAGAGCGUGAGUCACGGAGACCAAAGACCUGUGGAAAACUUUACUCUCUGUCCUGAAAGUCUUUAAAGACGUGAUGCACGACCACGGAGAACGUCUCUGAAGACACGAAGAGACCAACGGCUUCAGCCUGCUGUGGAAAAGUGAUUCUUCUCGGAUAAACUCUGGAAAACUGUCGCAGAUGUCGUUGUUUGUUUGUUUAUUUCACCUAACUUCAAUUUUUUUUAAACGAGCGUGACAAAAGUUACGUCAUCUCAAUGCACUUUUAUAAAUGUAUUAUAUUUAUUUAACGUCUGUGCGAGGGACUGUGUGAAGAUUAUUAGAGAGGAGAAGGUCGUCUUCUCGAUCUGAGCUGCAUUUAACAUUUAUAAGGUCAACUUGUUAGCAAACACUUAUUAAUAGAGCAACAUUUCUUUUGAGCCACGUUUCUAAACCAACUGGUGAGUUUAAGUCCAAUAUCCAUUCACUCUUUUAGCUCCGUCUUUGGUCUCCACCAGCUCCUGAGACAAACAUCUGUGUCUUUAGCUGCUAAAUGCUUAAAAACCAAAGUUAGAAACGGUAAAGUUGUGAGCUGGAACAAGUUUAAGGGCGUAUCCAGACUGAAUUUUUCCGUUCAUUUGAGCGGAGGGGGUCAGCCUGAAAUGUCUCUGAAACUGAGACCAACUUCUAAAUCUGAGUUUGAUUUGAUUCGUGUCCGAGAAAGAAUCGAGCGGUGGUUGAGCGACGUAGACUUUGAAUGAGAGCGAGCGAGCGCCGCCUCGUUAAAGCCGCUUAAUCAGAGAAAUAAAAAAGUUAUUUCCGGAUUGUUUCACAGCCGUUACAGACAGACACACCUCCACAGUCUUCUCUAAUAACUUUCCCACAGUCCCUAAACUGAAUCCAGAGCCAGUCUGUGCCUUUUUUUUUUUCCUUUUUCCUCCUCCAUGUCGCGUUGUACUUGAAAAUCCACGAACGGUACGCACAGUAUGUGAGGUUAGUGUGUUACUGUGGUUCAGCUUGAAACAUUUACAUGCUCCUUUGUUUCCAGUCUCGAGGGUGUGUGUGUGUGUGUGUGUGUGAGACAGAGCCUUGAGGAGUGUGUUGUUGGUUUUUUUUACUGCACUGAUGUUUCCAUGGCGACGGUCACAGGGUUUCAUACCUUGUAGAUUGUGGCACGAUCGCAGCUCUCGCUCUCUCUCUCUCUCUCUUCGAUUUCAUGAGAGCGCCGUUUGUUGUUGCAGAUAAACUUUAUUACAAAAGUGUGAUGAGACGGUCGUGUUGCAUCAGCGGAUUACACAAUCAGAACAUGACAGAGGACUUCUGUGUCUUCCUCAGAGGUUCUUUAUGUGAAACGAUUAAAGAAAAACACUUUUCUCUAU